AUGUCAGACCUGAAGAUCGCACGGAUUGAUGUUUUCCAAGUCGACCUGCCUUAUUCAGGCGGUGUCUAUUACCUCUCUGCCGGGCGAGAAUACCGGAGUUUUGACGCCACCAUUGUGCGGAUAACCACCAAUACCGGCCUUGAGGGCUGGGGAGAAAGCACUCCAUUUGGAUCCAACUACAUUGCUUCCCAUGCACGCGGCGUCAGGGCUGGUAUCGCUACAAUGGCACCAAGCCUGAUCGGUCUGGACCCGCGAAGAGUCGACCGCAUCAAUGAUGCCAUGGAUGAUGCACUGCUCGGGCAUGAAGAUGCCAAGACAGCCAUCGACGUGGCAUGCUGGGAUAUCUUUGGCAAGUCGGUUGGACUGCCCGUGUGCGAGCUUCUCGGUGGUCGCACAGACGCUCGACUGCCGUUGAUCUCUUCGAUCUAUGUCGGAGAGCCGGAGGACAUGCGCGCACGAGUUGCCAAAUACCGCGCAAUGGGAUACAAGGGGCAAUCGGUCAAGAUCGCAGGAGAACCGGUGAUUGACGCCAAGCGGGUCGCAGCAGCUCUUGCCGAUCAGCAACCCGACGAGUUUUUUAUUGUGGAUGCCAACGGUGGAUUGUCGGUAGAGACCGCUCUACGAUUUUUGAGGCUGUUGCCUCAUGGUCUCGAUUUUGCGUUGGAGGCCCCUUGUGCCACCUGGCGGGAGUGCGUGUCUCUCCGACGCAAGACCGAUGUUCCGAUCCUCUACGACGAGCUCGCCACGAAUGAAAUGUCCAUUGUCAAAAUCCUCGCGGACGACGCGGCGGAAGGCAUUGACUUGAAGAUUUCCAAGGCUGGUGGUCUGACCCGAGGCCGUCGCCAGCGGGACAUCUGCCUGGCAGCGGGCUACAGUCUGAGUGUUCAGGAGACGUGUGGCUCGGACAUCGCAUUCGCUGCGAUCGUGCAUAUGGCUCAAACCGUGCCGGAGCGAUCUUUGCGUUGCAUCCUGGAAUGUCGAGAGAUGGUUACAGUCAAGACCGCGGAUGGAGCGUUUGACAUCCACGAUGGCUUCGUCACCGCGCCAACCACACCAGGAUUGGGGAUUGUGCCGCGCUUAGACGUGCUGGGAGAGGCUGUUGCUAGCUAUUUUUAA